AUGCCUCUUGAUGCGCAAGUGACUUCGCAUCUCCGUGGCAUCAUAGACAAGGCCUGUGAGGACCAAAAGUCCGGUAUCCCCGGGGCCACGGUCGUGGUCGUUGGCAAAGAUGGCGACGAAUUAUUCGCUCACUCCGGCGGUAAACGAGGCACGGGAUCCGAAGACCCCAUGAACUUGGACAACAUCUUCUGGAUCGCAUCUUGUACGAAGAUGUUGGUGGGUGUCGCCUGCAUGCAACUGGUUGAGCAAGGCAUUCUCAGCCUGGAUGAUGAGGUGCAGACCGAGCGUAUUUGCCCUGAAUUGAAAAGUCUCAAGGUUUUGCGGCCAGAUGGCAAUUUCGAGGAGAAAAAGCGCGCAAUUACCCUACGAAUGCUGUUGAGCCAUACUGCCGGAUUCGGGUAUACGUUUUUUAACGAGAGACUGAGACAGUGGUCGUAUCCGGUUGGCGUGGAUGAGUUCUCUGGGCGGAUUGAAGAUGUGAAGCUGCCUCUUCUUUUCCAGCCCGGCCAAGGUUGGGAAUACGGCGUUGGUAUCGACUGGGCGGGAAUCGCACUGGAGCGCGCAACUGGCUUGACGCUCAACGCCUAUCUCCAGAAAAAUGUCUUCCUGCCCCUUGGGAUCAAGGAGAUGUCCAUGAUUCCGAGCCGCGACAUGCGCCGGAGGCUGGCGUAUAUGAACAGUAGAAACCCAGACGGCACUCUGAGGGCCCGAGACCAUCUUUUUCGAGCGCCUCUGGUUGUUGAUCCGGACAAUGAGGCCGAAGUCGCCAGGGUGUUCAACAGCGGCGGCGCAGGCAUGUUUGCCAAGCCGCAGGACUACUGCAAGGUCCUAGCUGUCCUGUUAAACGACGGAACGUGUCCGAGGACGGGCAGCAAGUUGCUUCGCAAGGAAACCGUCGACGAAAUUCUUUCCAACCAAAUCCCCCAAUUCCCAAACUACGGCCGCCAGGGCAUCCCAGCUGCAAAACCGGACCUGACCAACCCCAUUCCUGAACUGUAUCCAGUUCCUGGGGGGGCGCCACAGGGCUGGGGCCUCACUUUCAUGCUGAGCAACGGCGGCGCGACAGGGCGGUCAAAUGGCACUGUGCACUGGGCUGGGCUGCCGAAUUUGUGGUGGUGGGCGGACCGGGAGAAGGGCGUUGCGGGGAUUGUUUGCACGCAGAUUCUACCAUUUGUGGACGCCCAGGUGCUUGGUCUAUGGGUAGCAAUCGAGGCCGAGAUAUACAAAGCACUUGGUCAAUGA